AUGGCAGCCCUACUGUCAGGACUGCUCAGUCUCCGACACAGUCGCCGUCUGGCCCGCGUCCCGCCGUACCUAUCGCUGCUGUGCAUCGUCAUUGGCGUCGCCUGGUUGUUGCUGCUGCCCCUCGACGAAUAUUCCCGCCGCACUUAUGUCUCCGAGAACGCCAUCCUGCCCGGCCAGGUCCACACCUACUUUGGUGGCAGCGAACACAAUGUCUUUCGCGCAUACAGACAGGAGGUCGCCGAGAUGGACCAGCUCUCCUCCGAGGACCGCUCCCAGAAGCUAUACCAUCUGCUCGGCGCCAACGGACUGAAGCCCGAUAUCCAAAACUACUCUUAUGAUGUCUCGGGCCAGAACAAGACGGGCCAGAAUGUCUAUGCUCUCCUUCAGGGUCCGAGAGCAGAUGCCACCGAAGCAAUGGUCCUGAUUGCUGCGUGGAGAAACAUGGACGACGAGAUCAACUACUCCGGUGUCGCUUUGCUCUUGACUCUGGCAAGAUAUUUCAAGAGGUGGUCCAUCUGGUCAAAAGACAUUAUUGUCUUGAUUCCCUCGGACAGCACCUAUGGCCCACACGCCUGGGUCGAUGCCUACCAUGACACGCACGACACCACUGCCGUACAGGCCCUGAACAUCAAGGCGGGUGCUCUACAAGCCGCAAUUGCUGUUGACUACCCUGCUGGUCCAUGGGGCCAUCGCUUCGAAAAACUCCAUGUUGUAUACGAUGGCAUCAACGGCCAGUUGCCCAACCUUGAUCUUGUCAACACUGCUGUCAACAUUGCUCAGGGUCAACUCGGUAUCAGCUGUACCAUCCAGCGCAUGUGGGACCACAAGGACAGCUACCGUGAACGCCUUGAUACCAUGCUCAGGGGUAUGAUGAACCAAGCUGUAGGUCAUGCGAGCGGUCCUCAUAGUGUCUUCAUGCCUUACCACAUUGAUGCAAUCACUCUGCAAACGGUUGGCGAUGGCUGGCAUGACGAGAUAUCGCUCGGAAGGACUGUCGAGAGUCUCUUUCGCAGCGUGAACAACCUCCUCGAGCAUUUGCACCAGAGUUUCUUCUUCUAUCUGCUCAUGCAAGCCAACCGCUUUGUGAGCAUUGGUACUUAUCUGCCUAGCGCCAUGCUGAUUGCAGUAAACUUUACCAUCACUUGUAUUCUACUCUGGGUGCAAAGCGGUCGACCAGAACGCCAGAGCCCUAACCCGGCCUCUCCCAAGAGCGAAAAGAAGCCCGAGAUGACCCUUGUCAAAGAAGGAGAGAACGUGGCUCUGGUGCCCUCUGCAGAUCUUGAGGUGGUUCAAAGGGAUCUGUUCAGCCCUCUGGCCAUCGUUCUCGGCAUUCAUGCUUUGGNNACAUCUCUCACAAUGUUAUCGGCUCUCGUGAUACCCACAAUCACCAUGCCUGCGAUUCUCGCAUUCAGCCUUCGCAGCACUCUCCGCCUUCCACCUCAGACUUUUACUCUCAUCCAAUGCUUCUCCUUGCUUCUACUCGGUGCCGCCCUCUCUACUCUCGCAACACUCAACUUCUCGCAAGCUCUCUUUGUCGGGCUUCUGGCUUCUCCGCUGUCUUUUGUCCGACCAUUUUCACCUCCGAAAACGUGGCCAAUUGCCGUGAAGGUUGUGUUGGGAGUGCUGUCUGUGGCGGUCAUGAUCGCUACUUCACCACCAGCUGCAUUGUAUGUUCUAGGACUCGUGACGGGCAAGGGCUUCGACGAGGUUAUUGCAGCUGCGGCUUGGGCGUGGAGAGUGGAAAGAGUGUGGACGGGAGUCACGGUGUGGGUGCUGUGGUGGCCAGCAUGGGUGUGUGGAGGCCUUGCUCUAUGCAGUGGCUUCAUAGGGUGA